UCUCUUGUCCUGGCCUCUCUAUCUACACUUCAUCCUCACUUCUCAAGUGCCAAACCCUAGCUAGCCACCGCCAUGGCUCUUGUCGUCGAGAAGACCACCUCCGGCCGCGAGUACAAGGUCAAGGACAUGUCUCAGGCCGACUUCGGCCGCCUCGAAAUCGAGCUCGCAGAAGUCGAAAUGCCUGGACUCAUGGCUUGCCGUACCGAAUUCGGACCCCAGCAACCCUUCAAAGGUGCUCGUAUCACUGGAUCUCUCCACAUGACCAUACAGACCGCCGUCCUCAUCGAAACCCUAACCGCCUUGGGCGCCGAGGUCCGCUGGUGCUCAUGCAACAUCUUCUCAACUCAAGACCACGCCGCAGCAGCCAUUGCCCGCGACUCUGCCGCCGUAUUCGCCUGGAAGGGUGAGACCCUCCAGGAGUACUGGUGGUGCACCGAGCGUGCCCUCGAUUGGGGCCCCGGCGGUGGCCCUGAUCUGAUUGUCGACGACGGUGGCGAUGCCACGCUGUUGAUCCACGAAGGAGUGAAGGCUGAGGAGGAGUACGAGCGAUCUGGGAAGCUUCCGGACCCUGCUUCCACUGACAAUGCUGAGUUCCAGAUCGUGCUUGGAAUCAUCAAGGAAGGGUUGUCGGUUGAUCCAUGCAAGUAUCGGAAGAUGAAGGGGAGAUUGGUUGGAGUUUCGGAAGAGACAACCACCGGUGUGAAGAGGCUGUACCAGAUGCAGGCAAAUGGAACUCUUUUGUUUCCUGCUAUCAAUGUCAACGAUUCUGUUACCAAGAGCAAGUUUGACAACUUGUACGGAUGCCGACACUCCCUCCCCGAUGGUCUCAUGAGAGCCACUGAUGUCAUGAUUGCUGGCAAGGUUGCUGUGGUCUGUGGGUAUGGAGAUGUUGGGAAGGGCUGUGCUGCUGCCCUCAAGCAGGCUGGUGCCCAGGUUAUCGUGACUGAGAUUGAUCCAAUUUGUGCUCUCCAAGCCCUAAUGGAAGGUAUCCCAGUCCUAACCUUGGAAGAUGUAGUCUCAAAGGCUGACAUCUUUGUGACCACCACUGGGAACAAAGACAUCAUCAUGGUUCACCACAUGAAGCAGAUGAAGAACAAUGCAAUUGUUUGUAACAUUGGCCACUUUGACAAUGAGAUUGAUAUGCUUGGUCUGGAAACCUACCCUGGUGUUAAGCGCAUCACAAUCAAGCCCCAAACUGAUCGAUGGGUUUUCCCAGAAACCAACAGUGGCAUCAUUAUUCUUGCUGAGGGACGACUGAUGAACUUAGGAUGUGCAACCGGGCAUCCCAGCUUUGUGAUGUCAUGCUCGUUUACAAACCAGGUGAUUGCCCAGCUUGAGCUCUGGAAGGAGAAGGCAACGGGCAAGUAUGAGAAAAAGGUGUACGUGCUGCCCAAGCAUCUGGAUGAGAAGGUUGCAGCUCUUCACCUUGGAAAGCUUGGUGCUAAGCUCACCAAGCUUAGCCCCGAGCAAGCUGCUUACAUUAGUGUCCCUGUGGAAGGUCCUUACAAGCCCACUCACUACAGGUACUAGCCUGGUGAUUGUUGUGUUUUUGUUGGUGUGAUAUUUUGAUUCCGCCUGUUAUCACCUCUUAGAGAUCAGAUUUGUUGUUUUGCUUUUUGGCAAAUUUUAGGAGGGAUUUUGGCAACAUUAAUAAAUGCGUUGUCGCUGAGUCAUGUCUGUCUAAAUUUAAUCUGAUGUUAUCGUUUUUGCUCUUCAUC